AUGCCGCGCUCCAUGACCAAGCAUGACCUGCCCGACGACCAACGGCUCAGUAUGUACCAUGAACUGCUGGAGCACAAGCAGAACGACCGCCAGGCCAAAGCCCAGGCCAAGGAGCUCCUCCUGAAGACUUGCCGAUGUGGCAUUGAAGAGGAAGGGUUGAGCGGGACGUCGGCCAUCACGACCUUCGCGUUGUUGGCGGCUUCCAGUGGCAUACCUUCGACAACGCUUUGGCGCUUGCUCCAGUCGAAGAGUUACGGCGUCGGCCGACUGAAACCCAUGGUUACGGACAAGCACAAGGCUGAUCGCGUCAAUUUCAUUCGUUCCUUUGUUCGCGAGUCGCCAAGAGCCCCAAUACGGUGGGACGACAUGACGAAUCGCAUCCACAUUGACGAGAACCGUGCCUGUCCGCAAGUGCUCCUCGAACGUCACAUCAACAAGGUGAUGUUCUUGACCGCGGUGGCGCCUCCACGGUUCGACUACGUGCGGAAGACAAUGUGGGAUGGCAAACUCGGUAUGUGGCCUUUUGUGUCGGUUGAGCCAGCUCGGUGCAAGAGCAAGAAUCGAGAUCGCGGUACCUUGGUCACAACACCGUUGACUGUCACGAAGAAGGUGUAG